CUACUUACCUAGGGGGACCUAGGUAAGUAACUUCCUCCAUAUUGGAGGAAGUAGAACUUUUUAGAAAGUGCAAAUUCCCAUGGUUUUGCCAACCAAACAACUUCAUAUACUUCUACUUCUUAGAAAUUUGCAUUUCCCAUGAUUUGUUUUGUCAACCAAACAAGGCCAUAGAUUACAACUAAUGCCUUCUUUUUUGAGGGUUUUAUGAUCCUUACCCAAAAGUCUCACAAAAAGCGCGCGAAAUCUUCUUUCUUUAGUUUACCUUUUCCCGCCUUUUGUCUACCCAUUAUCUUUUACUUACCCUUCCUUUAUCUUCUUUGUUUUACAGUCACUGAAUUAUCUUAAUUCUCUCUUGAAUUCAGGUAAUUUUUUUUUUACCGUUGAUGUCCGUUUUUAUUUUCUUAAUCUUAAUUCUGAUUUCAUUGUCUCAUAUGUGGAAUUCAUUCAUUAUUUCUAUUACAACAAUCUAGUUGCAUUUCGUAGAAUCAAGGUUGGCUUAGUUGGUUCGAGAGCAUCCUUAGUCCUUUCGUCUUUCUUAUAGGGGUUCGAUUUUUUCCCCGAGUAAAGUGGAAUCCUAAAUUUGUUCCAUCUUGUCUUUAAAAAUAAUUUAAAAGAAAAUCUAGUUGCAUUUCAUUAUUUUAUAUUAUAGUUGGUUAUAUUAUACAUAUGUGCCCAACUUGUUAUAUAAAUUCUAAUUGUGUUUACAGUUUGUUAAUUAAUGCCUGUUUUAGCUCUUUAAUUUUUAUAUUGAGAAUGUCAGGAAAAAUCAAAAACUUUUAGAAAAUUUACAAAGGAGUUCAAGGAAAACUAGAACAAAUUUGAAGAUUUUGUAACCAUUUUCGAACUCUUAGUUAAGUGGCCAAACUGUUAGUUAAGUGGCCAAAAGAUCUAGACUUUCUUAUUGUCCGAGUGUUCAUGUAGAUUCUAACACUUUUUUCAGCUAAUCGAAUUUUGGGCUGCACGCAAAGAUACCUGUUAAUGUUCUAGCUGUACUCAUACCAGCAAUUUGGUUUAAGAUCAUAAAAUUAGGGAAUGUUAGUGCACUUACAUAGGAAUUAGGAUUCGCGGUGAUGGGGCCUGUCUACCAAGCAAUAGCUGAAUAGCAUGUGUUGGUGUUUGAUUGUUUCCAUUACCACCUAAUACCACCUUUGAAGUUGGGAAUCAGUGGUAAUAACUUACAAGAGCCAGUGAAGUGAAAUCAGUUAUUGUGGUGGUGUUCCAUUACAUUGGUUAUCUACAUGGGAAUAGGCUUUUGUUUGCUUAAUGUUGUUAAGAGAUGAAGUUUUGGGAUUCAAAGACAUAAGAGUUAUUGCUCUUAUUUGAACUUAAUGUGACAAUAUUACUCUCAUAUCUUUUACUUUGGUCUUUUCAAUUUUGAUCAUCUUUUAAAGAAAUUGGUUGUAUUGUGUUCUACUCCCUCUGUCCCGAAAUAUAGUUCCUGUUUCUUUUUGCACAAUCUUCAAAACGUACCUUUGACUUACGAUAUCUUCUAUUUCGUGUUAGUAAAAAAAUAUAAAAAGUUGAUAUUAUAAAUGUAAAUAUUGUGUCGAAUCUAACAAGAUCCUACAUGAGUAUGUUAUUUUAUAUACAUUAGUGAAAGUAUUUGGUCAAAGCUUUUAAAGUUUGACUCCCAAAAUAAAAACAUGAACUAUAUUUGGGACGGAGGGUGUAAUUGUGUAGGUCUUGUUACCUUACAUUACUGAAAGGCUAGUGUGUGUAUACUGACAUUGCACUCCAUUUUAUUGCCCAUAUAUGAAAUUUUUCUGUGGGCAAAAUUGUGUAUAAAAUAUGAAGAAAUGUGAGUUCUCUACAAAUACCAUUAGAAUUUGCAAAAAAGACCAUUUUUGGUUUUAUGUAAUGGCGAAGAAUGUUAUGCAGCUGUUUAUGUUACUAAAAUUCACAUCUUGGCUUUUGCCUACUUCUCUUGGUGGGUUAUUUUGCUGUUAGACAAUACCUAUGGCUGGGUCAUCGAAUUCCAAACGAAGGUGGUGUGGACAGGCUCCAUCUGAAUCAGUUCUUGACAAUACCUCAGCGGGCAAGGGAAAAGUAGCUGCAAAGAAUGAGGACCCUGUUUUUAUGGAGAUGGCGGCUGACUUUAUCAUAAGUCUUGGUCUGCCAUUGACAUUUUUUGGGGACAGAUGCAAUGCAGACCUCUUGGCCUAUUUAAAUUCAGAUGUCAAACCAAUAAGUACAAAGGCGACAAUAGCAAAGUGUUUGGAAAUGUAUGAAAGGGAGCGAGCCAAGCUUAAACAUGCUUUGGGGAGUAUUCCUGGUAGAUUCUGUUUGACAUGCGACAUUUGGGCGGAUCCUUGUACUACUGAGUACCUUUGCCUGACAGUGAACUAUGUGGAUUCCAACUGGAAACUGCAAAGCAAGUUUCUGAAUCUUGUCCCCCUGCCUUUUCCCUGGGAUGCUUCUAUCUUGAGGUCAGCGGUUAACAAUCUAUUGUGCAAGUGGGGAAUCGAGAAGAAUGUAUUUUCAAUAACCUUUGAUAGUGGAAGGUGUGGUGAUACUGUACUAGACAUGUUAAGGGAUUGCCUUAAUGAGCAGGAUGGAGCUUUACUUUGCAAUGGCGACUAUUUUCGUGUUUGUUGUGGGGCUUAUUUCAUGGAUCAUAUGGUUCAAGAGUGUUUCAAGUUGAUUGAUAGCCCUAUACGCAAGAUCGGACUGGGUGUGCAGUACGUGCUUUAUCAUGAGAAGAACAGACUGAAGUUUGAAGAAGCUGCAAAAUUCAUUUUUCAAGGUGCAUUAGAUCCCCUGUGGCUAGAUUGCCACAUAAGAUGGAAUUCCACGUAUCUAAUGCUCGAGAGGGCCGUUAAGUAUCGCUAUGCCUUUGAACACGUGAUGAUUGAUGACGAGUAUACUGAUUGGCAUUUGACAGAAGAAGAGUAGUCUAGGCUUAAAAAGAUGUGUAAGCUUCUGAAGCCUCUUUAUGAGCUAGCAAAUCUGUUUCUAAGCACUGAACAUCCAACAGCCAAUUUAUACUUCAUAAAUAUUCUGAAGACUGGUAUGCUUCUUGUGGACGCAACAAAGGAUAAAGACCUUGAGAUAAGUAACUUGGCACGAAGGAUGAAAAGUGAAUUUGAUGUGUAUUGGGAUGCUUGUAAUGAAGUUUUUGCAUUAGCUGUAAUAUUUGAUCCUCGCUACAAACUCAGCUUUGUCAAGUUUUGUUAUGGGAAGUUAGACAAGGCAAGUGCAGAGGACAGGUAUGUGGGCACCCGUAGAAGGCUUGAUAGGCUCUUCAAAACUUACAGUGAUCAAGUGUUUGCAUCACAAUUAAAUGAAAUGAACGAUGAUAUUCUCAAGGAAUUUGGUAAAGAUUGCAGAGAGAAGGAAUAUGACUUACGUUCAAGUCUGAAUAUGUACUUGAAUGAGCCGAGUAUUAGCUGUCAUGCGCAAAUGGAUGUUCUUUCUUGGUGGAAAGAAAACGAACAUCGUUUUGGACAAGAACUAUCUCUUAUGGCAAGGGAUAUACUAAGCAUUCCUAUUACCUCGUUUCCUAAAGGUUCAGUUUUUGGCAUGGGUUACAGAGUUGAAGACAGAUUGAAAGGUAAGUGGUCAUCAAAUCAUGUAGAAGCGCUGAUAGCUACCCGAAACUGGUUAUAUGGAUACCCAGUUGAGGAGGAUUACCCUGGAGGACUUAUGGGCCGAGAGGAACGAUUCUGGAGCACCACAUGUGAGGAAGAGUCGGAUUGAACGUUUCAAAAGUGAAAUUGCAACCUUUGCUUGCUGUUCUGACAGAUUUAGCUGCAAUGGGAGUUUUGUACUGAUAUAUGUGCAUGCUUUUGCAAUCAGAGAAUUAAGUAGGCCAGAACUGUUAACAAGCAUUAGUAACAUACUUUUGACUUUUGAUGAUCAUUGUUGAUCUCAUUUACAGCUGGUAGUAUACUGGGUUAUUUACCUAUGAGUCUCUUAUGCUUGUGCAUCAUGAUUCAUGAGAGUACUUAAUACUCCUGAGUCAUGACUUGCAGAUAUAACAAAUCCAGAAAUUCAUUUCA